AUGGCUUCCCAACAGACGGAAGUGAAGGUCUACCAGCCCAAGGAUGCAAUCUCGGCGGCACUCAAGACGACUGCGCUCACUGGAACGGUCGGGCUUUUUGCGUCCGCGGUGCAGAAUACCCUCGUCAAGCAGAACAUCGGACCAUGGGGCGUGUUCGUGAGGAGCGGCGGCACAAUUGGUAUCAUGGCGGCAAUGGGUGGUACCUAUGAAUUCGUGAAGACGGCGUCGGCAAACCUGCGAGAGAAGGAGGAUCAUUGGAACGUUGCAUUGGGAGGCUUCUUCUCCGGCUCACUCCUGGGUCUUCGAGCCCGGACCUUCCCGGCGCUGUUCGGCUACGGUGCGGCCCUGGCAGUCGCCCUGGGCGCCUUUGAAUAUACUGGAGGUACCUUGUGGGGUCGUGACAAGGAUCCAAACGUGGAUAAAUUCGAGGAGUUGGAGAAGUUGCGGAAAGCCUACAGAACUCCGGCUGAGGAGACAUUUGCGGAGCUCGGGGAAGGGAGAGGUAUCUAUGCCCCUGGAUACGCCGAGCGACGCCGCCAGAGAAUCAAGGAGGCAUAUGGCAUUGAUGUGCCCGUUACACAACCGCCUGCAUCAUGA